CACUUCUCUGACACAGUGACAGCCUUUAAUGAGAGCUCCUGUUAAACUUUAGGUUGCAAACACAUCAGAGUCCAGUCUUCAGCUUUAUAUUUUACCUAGGACACUACAGUUUCACGGCCUCCUCCUUUCACCUUCUCUUUUCUCCCUCCCUUCCUCACUUUCUUCCCUUGAUCUCUCCAGAGAUGGAGUUUCGCAAAAGGGGCGGGGUGUCAAAUUUGGUGCAGGUGAUACAGCUCUGAGGCAAUAUGCCAGACGAGGCCAGCACUUCGAGAAAUCGCCCUCUAACUGUUCUGUGUAUUUGGAUAGAAUGCCUUCAGAAAUCUUGCUGAAGAUAUUUUCCUACUUGGAUGCUGUGAGCCUUCUGUGUGUUGGCUGUGUGAACAGGCGCUUUUAUCAUUUGGCUAAUGACAAUUUUAUUUGGGUCAGAAUCUACUCAAUAGCAUUUUCACCUAAAAGAUCUAUUUGGAAAGUUAAUUCAAUGGAGGAGACAACUGUGUCUGUGAGCUUACUAUCAGUUGAGGAUAAGGAAGCUGGAUAUUGGAAGAAAACCUAUAUCACAAAACAAAUCACAUCUGUGAAAGCAGCACUAGCCCAGGUUCUCAAACCUAUCAGCCCUUACACAGGCCUUCCCGUGAAAACCAAAGAGGCCCUGAGAAUAUCUGGCUUAGGUUGGGCAAUUAUAUUGAAAGAAAAGAGUGGAAGAGAAUAUAUCAUGCCACAUGUUGAUCUUUCCUUAAAUGAUACAUCUGUUACUGUUGUGUGGUAUGGCACAGAUUGGCCAUGUUUAGCUACCUUGUCAACCUUGAAUUUGUGUGGUACGACACCAGUUUUUAUGGAACGAUAUAAAGCCCCUGCCAAAAAUGGACCUCGAUGGUAUUCUUUAAUUGCACAGUAUGAUCUGAGUCAGUUAACUGAAUCCACCAUGAUUGGCUGUGACAGAAUCAUUCGGAUCUUCAGCUUAAGCCCUGGUCUUGUGGUAGGGCUAUGGAAGAAGAAAGAAGAACUGGCUUUUGUCAUGGCAAAUCUUCAUUUCCAUCAUCUUGUGGAGAGGAGCACAUUAGGUUCAGCCACUGUCCCCUAUGAGCUGCCUCCUCAUGUUCCCUUUCUGGAUGACAACCCAGAGUAUGGACUGUAUGGCUACCAACUCCACAUUGACAUGCAUGGCGGGGGAGUUUUCUUCCUGUGUGGUACAUUUCACAAUCUCUUCACCAUGAAAGAAUGCAUUGAAGAUGGAUAUGUGAAGCUUACUGUGAUACAUUUUAGAAAUAGCAGAGAACACCUUCCUCUUAUUGGAAAAGUUGGCCUUGCUUGGAGAACUAAUAUUUUUGAUGCCAUUAUAGAGAGUUGUUCUUUCAUGGAUGUGACUCUUCUGGAUGAGCACAGGAAGCCCUUUUGGUGCUUGAGCUCUGCAGUCUACAUGAGGCCGGCUGUCUGCCCCUCGGAUGGUCCUCAUUUCUUGGGACAGACAUACUAUAUUGACUAUAAGGAUGUGGAAGGAAGAGUGCAUGCAGAACUGGUGUGGAUUGAAGAGACAGAAGAAUAUUUCAUUGUCAGCCUGGUCCUUUACCUCAGUGUAGCAAAAAUAAACCACUGGUUUGGAACAAAAUACUAAACAAUAGGUGGCAAAGUAUUGUUGCUAGUUAGCUAUUUGUUUUUGACUAACAGCUUUGUUCUUGGUAUUGAAAGUUAAAUAAAGCAUAUUUAUAGUAA